AUGAGGGUUUGGGUUGCUUCCUUGAUUCUCUAUGUCUCGGUUUAUGUGAUCUGCGAGUUACUGCGGUACCUACUCGCCAAAAAGGUCAUCAAUGUAAACGAAAAGUAUUUACCUUUGGUAUAUGAGGUGGGUUUCCAGUUUGCAAGUAAAUUAUGUGACACUAACCAUGUUUUUAUUGACUUUACGUUAAUAAGGCCCCAUAGUAUUAUUAAAAAUAAAGUUAAUAAGAUUUGUAAGCGACAUGUAACAGUAUGUACUUUAGUUCAUCGGUACGGUCCAAGUAUGUGCCCCGAUGUUCGAUGUCAACAUCGUGCUGGAGAAUUAUGGGCUUCAAGGUGUUGUGAUUGAGAUUACCUUCAUCGAGUUGAUGAACUUGAUUUUGUUACGUGACGCAUCGGCAGAUCCAUGUCCAUUAGUAAGUAUAUGUAGAACCUUUUUAUCUUGUUAGUUUGUUUAUACCAUUAGCCAAUAAAUACACAAUUUUAUUAUUUUAUUUAAUGUAUACACUUAAUAAAUGUCGAUUUUAGAUAAUCGGAUUCUUCAAAAAACAAAUUUCAGUCCAAAAACUGUUUGCCUUCGUUGGAAUACAAUUCACUGCUGCCUACUUGUCCUACAUCUUCGUAUUAGGUUUCUGGAAGAUUGGCCUACAUCCAAAACAUUUGGAACUUUUGAAGGAAAACUGUGAAUCUGAUCUAUCGGUAAGACGACAACUAAUCUCCUAAAAAUUGUUCUAUCUUUUUCGUUAUCAUUGGUUGAAGACAUAUUUUAGGUGACAAUGUUGGUUGGAUCAUUGGUGGAAGCUGGUGGGUUGAUAGCCAACAAACUGGCUGAAGUAUACAUGGAACAAAAGAUCGUUGCAAAACAGAUUUUACAGUUUACGAUUGCUUUAGUCGCUGCAUUAGUUACUGUAGUGGGUAAGUCAAAUCUCUUUAUUACAGUAGCUUUAAUCAAAAAAUUACUGUGCUUUUUUAGGUAUCUUUUACACUGGUAUGUAUGCUAACCCUAUUGUGGCCUGGGCCUGUACCUUCAACUGUGGUCAUGUACCACAUUUGGCUCACUUUGUUGUUUACUGGGUAUCACCAAUCGUUGCUCACCUUGCCCUCGACAAGUACUUCGCAGGCGAAGAAGAGCACCACAAGACUGAUACAAAGAAGACGGACUAA